CUCAAUAUGCGUUUAAUUCUUUAAAACAGGGCAUCUAAGCUACCAUCUUAAACCCUUGUAAAACCCAUUCAGCUCCACCAUAUUUCCAUCUCUUCUUAGGAAGAGUCGUGUCCAAAAUCUUGAAGAGUGCAUCGCAGACGAAAAUGAAAGACGCAGAAGUGAAAUAGGGAACAGAAAGAAGAAAAGAUCAGAAGAAAUGCAGAGAAAAUGGAGAAUUUUUCCCCGGCCAUUGAUGGAAUCAGUGCUCAACAGCCAUGUCUGGCAUCAUAGAGUGAACCAACCUCUUUUUUUGCAUGGACCCAGAGGAGUAGGAAAGAACACUAUAAUACAGAGGCUUGUGAAAGAAUGGAAUACAGUUCCUCAUAUAGUCGAAUACAUUGAUUUUCACAGUUCGGAAAACCUACCCCCAUGGACAUUUAAUGAACCUCCAUCAAGUCUGAGAAGCCUAAGGUUAGAACUGGAAGGGGGACUCGAAUCAUUGGCUAAGAAGGGAGUUGAACUAGGAUGUAUAGGAGGGAGACAGGUUUACCGAACCCUGAAGAAAUGGCACGGUAUAGAUGGCGCAUUGCUUCAUUUCUUGAAGCAAAAAGAACAGAAACUUCCUAACAAAAUAGCACCAUCCAGGUCCCGUGAUGAAACUCUAUUUCUAUGGGAGAGGGCCCUCUGUUACGUGUCUGAUGCCAGCGAAGGGCCUGAUCGUAAAUGUCAAGGAAGUUUUAUGCCUGAUAAAAGUUGGGAAAAUGAGUUUCGUAAGAUUUUGCCUGAACUGGCUUCAUGGCAUGGUUCUUUAGAUCCAGGCAGAGGUAGCAUCUACCGAGACAGCCUUGAUGGGAAAAACUGGAACGCAAAAGCCAAGGAGGAGCUUAAUUAUUUCAAGGAAGCUCUAUUGUCUCUGUAUUUGGCGAAGGAGGUGCUUUUGAUCCACGAACAGUGGAGGGCUAAUGCUGUUGAACAUCUCAAGAGAACUGGGAAAUUCUCAAGAAUGUUAGCACAUUCUGCUACUAACUGGCCGCUGCUGCUGUUGGAGAUAUUGACCCAGGCAGCUCAGAGUGACUACUUUCAGCCAAAGUUGGUCAUAAACAAUUUUGAUAUGCUUCGCAAGGCAUUCAGAGACUCCUCAGCUGAUCCAAUCGUUGAUGCAGCUAUGUACCAUGACAGCUUGCUAUUAAGAUUAGUUUCUCUUGGACUUAAUGACAGAUGUAUACCAGUUAUAUUUGUGACAUCUGAUAGUUACUACUCAUAUCAGUUAUAUCGAGACUUUGCUUAUGCGAAUUCUUUCAUCUCUCGAGAGAAUUUUGGAUGGACUCCCGAAGAAGCAAAAAUUCAUAUGGUUCCUGAUUAUUUCAGUGAGGACGAGCUGCAGUGGCAAGUCAUAGCUAGCGAAUUGGGUUCUAAUUCACGUCAUCUUUAUGAACUUUAUGCCCUUAAGCAAAGCAGUUACCUGGGAGAGAAUUUAGAGGAAAAUAAGAGGAGCAGAUUUUUGGAUUAUUUGGAUUUAUACCUUGGAUAUCUACAGGUAACUGUGGUAAAUCCAGCAAUGGAGUCAGCAUUGGAAAUUCUGAAGAAAUUUGCUGAGGAUGUCUAUUUUCAGAGAGUUCAAAAGAGCAGGUUGAGUCAUGGAGUUGCUUGGAGGCAUCCACCAAACCUUACUGAUAAUGAGAGGUGUUGUCAAUGGGCGAAAAUCCAGCUGAUAGAUUUUAUUGAAGCUUUUUCUAAUGCUGAAUUUGGGGUGAACUAUCUUUCUGAUUAUAGCUAUGAAAUAUUGGAUGACCCUGCCACACAAGCACUGAUUCAGGUUGGUUUGUUGUAUCAGCAACGAGAUCCAUCUUUCCUUCGUCCACUUUCUCGUGGUAUUCAAAGGUGCCUUGUAAGAUGGGUUAUUCAGGAGAAAUCACAGCUUGACAUUUGGCAGUCUAUAAAUCUUAUCUGGCAUCGUGUGAUAAGGGGUAGGAGUUAUCGUCAUUUGAUGGAGGGUUAACCUUUUAUUUAAAUGGAAUCUUCAUUCUAAUUUAAAUUAUCAGUAUUUUAUAUUAUCAUGUAAUCUGUGGAGUGAAGGCACACAUGCCCAUAUUUAACCUCUGGUAUUUGAUGAGGGGCAAUUGGUCAACAAUUAUUUCAUGUCUUGGGAAUUCCUUAGAACAAAAAGGCGCAUUGCAUCACGAUGUAGCCGUGUAUCAUAUAAAUAAAAUGAAAUAUUGUCAGAGGACUGAAUUGAUGUCCUUAGAAUAAAAUCAAAAUUAUUCAGAAAUAUGAUGUAUACAAACCUGUAAACGUGCAUGAUUACAUGAAUUAUGUCAAUCAUGCAUGUUGUAAUCAUGUUUUGAUCGAUCGAUCUUUUGAACGCCCUGUGGUUUCCUCGUCUUUAUAAGAGUAAUUCAUAGGACUAUUUUCUCAAAAACUUUAAAAAAUACUGCGGGGCAGCUAGAAUCAGCUGCUUGGUGAA